AUGGGAUCCGAGUUCGAUAGUGUAGAACUUACGCUGCAAAAGCACCUUACCGGGAAAGAUUAUGAAGAAGUGCGAAGAAUACUGUACGGAAGGGCUUAUCCAGAACUGCAGUUCCCAGAAGAAGCAAAGGCAUUAGCAGCCAAACACAACUUUGAGUUACAAGGAUAUUCAAUUUCUGCUAGCGAGGAACAACUGAGAGCUCCAAGAAAGGUGCGUAAUAGUUUGAGAAGAGCAGCAAGGACAAAGCCUGCUGACCGAGGAAUGAUUGAAAUAGUUUUCCCGCUUAAGGGACUAGUUCGUGUAGCGUGUAUCCAGAACUCCAUCGUACUACCAACAACCGCUCCGAUAGAAGAGCAAAAGAAGGCGAUCCAUAUGAAAGUUGCUAGAAUGAUUGACGCAGCUGCCGCAGCAGGAACGAAUAUACUUUGCUUGCAAGAAACAUUUAUGAUGCCAUUUGCCUUCUGCACUCGCGAAAGACUGCCCUGGACUGAAUUUGCUGAGUCUGUCGAGAAUGGACCCACAAUUAAAUUCAUGUCUAAUGUGGGUGUGAAACUUUCCGUUUCUUUUUGCUGCUUAUGCUUUACUCAGUGGUGGAGGCGAAGGUUUUGGUGGCAUCUGGCGGCCAAAUACAACAUGGUCAUAGUUGCGCCAAUCCUCGAAAGAGAUGAAAUGAAGGAUGAUGCGAACUAUUACAUGGAAUCAACACUCGGCCAUCCUGUCUUCCAAACAGCUUUCGGGAGGAUCGCCAUCAAUAUUUGUUAUGGGCGCCAUCACCCGCAGAAUUGGAUGAUGUUUGCCUUGAAUGGUGCAGAAAUCAUCUUCAAUCCAUCCGCCACCACCGGAGACUUGAGCGAACCACUGUGGCGUAUUGAGGCUCGUAACGCUGCAAUUGCCAAUCAUUGCUAUACUGUUGCUAUAAAUCGUGUGGGAACGGAGGAAUUCCCCCACGAAUUCACCUCUGGGAAUGCACGUCCAGGUACCUUGAAUGGGUAUUUGCUAGCAAUCUGCUUCUCUAUGAAAAAAACCUAA